GCUUCUAUCUUGCUGUUUGGAGUAAACUUGAAUCGUUUUUCGUUUUAUUCUGGAGACAAUUUAAAAUAGGCGGGUUGAUUUGAUUAUUUCCCUUCGGUAUUUUAUUAAAGUAACUGAAAGAUAAUAAAAUGGAAAAGCGUGUAUGGUUAGAGAAAAGGGGUAGAGAUCCAGCUAAAAUCAGAGAACUCAAUUUGGACAAUUGCAGAAGUACAAGUAUUGUAGGAUUAACAGAUGAAUUAUGUAAUUUGGAGAUAUUAACUAUAGUAAAUGUAGGUCUAACAUCACUGAAAGGAUUUCCAAAACUACCAAAUCUCAAGAAGCUGUAUUUGAGUGACAACAGGAUUAACAGUGGUCUAAAUUUGUUAGAAACAAGUCCCAAGUUGACUCGCCUCAAUUUAAGUGGAAAUGAAAUAAAAGAUUUGGAAACCUUAGAGCCCCUGAAGAAUUUCAAAAAUUUGAUAAGUUUAGACUUGUUCAGUAAUCAGGUGACAAUAGUGGAGAAUUAUAGAGAUGCUGUAUUUAAAACCAUUCCUAGCCUCAAAUAUUUGGAUGGGUUCGAUAAAAAUGAUAGGCAUGUUGAAGACAGUGAUGACGAAGUCGAUUGGGGCGAAAUAUUUGGAGAAUUUGAAGAAUCAGAAGAUUGGUCAACUACAGAUGAGGAAGAAGAAGGAAACAGCAGUGAUGAAGCUGAAACGCCUGAAGGACGAAUCAAUAUGGAAAAAAUGCAGCAAACUUUGAAACAACAAAAUAAUGCAGAAGAUAGUCCACUGAAAUGCGCUGUUUGUAAACAUCAUUUGUCAAUAUCGCCCAUUGUGCUCAAUACUGUUUUGGGUAGCAUUUGCGGACGAGACGCCUGUAAGAGGUUGGCAUCUUCGCAAGGUACAAAUUAUCGACAAAAAGCCUAUGAGGGAUUAGCUAAAGUUUUAGAAUUUCCAUGUAUGUACAAAGAAAAUGGAUGCAAGAAAGUACUUCCUUGGAAUGAAAUAGGAGGUCACGAAUUAAUUUGUGAAUUCGUUAAAUUAUGAUGUCCUUUUUCGACCAAGCAGUUUGAAGAUAAAAAAAAUAUGUACAGAUCAGUUUUGACCAAGAUAUAAAGAAAAAUAAAUUAUUGUUUUCAAGGAUUCAAGAUAGUAUUGUGAUACUUUUGGUAAUUGUGGGUGCAGAAUCUGAGACUUAUUGGAAAGCAUGGACAGGUCCAGAAAUUUGGAAAAACUUAAAUUAUAAAAUUAAAAUUUCUUCAGAAAAACGACAAAGCUUGACUGUAUCAAAAUUCCGGAAGGCUGGACUUUUACACCCUUCUUUCUUCAAAAGUAAAAUUGACAACAGCUGGUUCAAAAUCAGUUUUGAUUGUAUGAGAAACUUUUUUAAUUCUGCUUACUUUUUGACCACUAAGUUUUAUCUGAAGGGAUUUUUAAUUGGUUCACCAAAUCUUUCUUGUCCUCACAUAAGUCUAUGUUUGUUUGUAGAAGUGAUAAAAAACACAAUAUGUGAUAUAUGUAAAAAUUCACAACGUCCAAAUUAUACAGGGUG